AUGGUGCAAUUUGGUGUGUCCACUGUGGAAGUAGCUAUGAACUUGGGUAGGGAAGCUGCUGACUUCAUUAGCGGGACAUUUACUAAACCCAUAAAACUAGAGUUUGAGAAGGUCUAUUAUCCAUAUUUACUUAUUAGCAAGAAGAGAUAUGCUGGUCUUCUAUGGACAAAUCCAAACAAGUUUGAUAAAAUGGACACUAAAGGGAUUGAAACAGUUCGAAGAGAUAAUUGUCUGUUGGUUAAAAACCUGGUAACUGAAUGCCUUCAUAAAAUACUGAUAGACAGGAACAUUCCUGGUGCUGUUCAGUAUGUCAAGAAUACAAUCUCUGAUCUUCUUAUGAAUCGCAUGGAUUUGUCUCUUUUGGUUAUCACCAAGGGUCUGACGAAGACGGGAGAUGAUUAUGAAGUAAAAGCAGCACAUGUUGAACUUGCAGAGCGGAUGCGUAAGAGAGAUGCUGCCACUGCUCCAAAUGUCGGGGACCGAGUACCUUAUGUCAUUAUUAAAGCUGCAAAAGGUGCCAAGGCUUAUGAAAGGUCAGAGGAUCCAAUAUAUGUGCUAGAAAAUAACAUACCCAUAGACCCUCAGUACUACCUUGAAAAUCAAAUAAGCAAGCCACUUUUAAGAAUCUUUGAGCCCAUUCUGAAGAAUGCUAGUAAAGAACUUCUUCAAGGAAGUCACACAAGAUCCAUUUCUAUCUCUACUCCUUCAAACAGUGGCAUAAUGAAAUUUGCUAAGAAGCAGCUAAGUUGCAUUGGGUGCAAAGCUCUAAUCAGGUAUAAAUAA